AUGAAAGAUCUAGGUGACUUAAAGUACUUCUUAGGCAUUGAGUUCACCAGAUCAUUAGAGGGUAUACUAAUGCACCAAAGGAAAUACACUCUUGAACUUAUAGUUGAAGUUGGAAUGUCAACAACCAAGCCUGUAGGAACUCUCAUUAAUACCAAUAUCAAACUAACCUCUAAGAAGUAUGAUGAAAAAGUGAACAGAAACAAGAAAGUCUCAGAUGAUCCUUUGGUAGAUCAAAUAAUAUAUCAAAGGUUGAUAGAAAAGCUAUUGUAUCUACAGAUGACAAGACUUGAUAUAUCCUUUAGUACUCAAACAUUGAGUCAGUUCUUACAGCAGCCUAAGAUAUCUCAUAUGAAUGCUGUGUUAAGAGUAGUUAGAUAUCUAAAGAGGCAACCUGGGCAAGGGCUGUUACGGUCAAAUGGUUCAAAUAAUGUGGUUACUGCUUUUUGUGAUGUUGACUGGGCUUCAUGUCUACUUACCAGAAGAUCUGUAACAGGAUACAUGAUAAAGCUUGGUGGUUCUAUAGUGUCUUGA